UUAGAGGGAUGCGCACUUCUCUCAGUCUCGUCUCCUCACGGAGUGGACAGUUGCUAAUUGAGCGAGUCCUCUAACGAAAUCAAUGCUAGAGCGUGCUGGUAUUUUUUAACCGCUGCACUUCAUUCUGACCAAGCGUCAUAGAAACCUGACUACCAUAAUCACCCCAGUGUUUGUCUAUUACAAUUCAUUGUUGCAUUAUUCAACAGCUGUUAGCAAGAAUCUGGGUUUGUGAGAUCUAAGUAUGGUCACCCUGUUUACUUAAAUCCUAUAAAUAUGAGUGUGGAGGGAGAUGAAACUGAAUUUAAAUAGCGGGACACAAACUACAAGAAAAGGCUUUUUCCUUCCCGGAGUUUGCUAAUGACGGAUAGAUACUGCUAAUGUCGUAACAGCAGUCUAAUAUUUGAUGUCCAUCUCAGCAUGAUUCUUGCACGUGGACUUGUGAUUCUGACGGGAAUAUAUACGCUUCAUUUCUCACAAGGAAUCAACAACACGGUGAAAUUGGCGGUGCUACUUCCUGGGGAAGGGAAGUUCCCUUUCGUGAAACAUAAAGUUCUCCCCGCAAUAGAGAUAGCCGUGAAAAAAGUAGAAACUCGCCAGUAUCUUCCGAAUCAUCACAUAAUUAUUAAUUACCGAGACGAUGAGUGUUCGGAGACCAUGGGUCCUUUACGGGCGAUUGACCUCUAUGUUGAGAAGGACGUGGACGUCUACCUGGGUCCCUGCUGUGACUUCGCCGUGGCUCCUGUCGCCCGUUUCUCACCUUACUGGAACAUCCCCGUCAUAUCCGCCGGGGCUUUUGUCCAGGCUUUCUCCGACAAAAAGAAUGAAUACAAGUUACUUACCCGUAUGUUAACGACGUACGGAAAGAUGGCUGAAGUAGUGUUUGAAGUCAUCCAAACGUUUAACUGGACCACCGUCGGUCUCUUGUUUCAUAACAAUGUCGUUAACCGAGAGAGGAGUAAAAGCACAGAAUUUUUCACUAUGGAAGCUAUUUUUCACAGAUUUAAAAAAAAUGCAUCCGAACCUUGGUAUAAAAUGUUUGAUGAGGGAGUAAAAAGCUCUUACAAUAUACAGUCCCUACUUGAGGAAGCAUCUGCAAAUACCCGCAUUGUGGUACUGUGUGCCUCGGCAGAUUCAGUCAGAGAGAUCAUGAUAAAAGCCAACGAACUCAACUUUGAUAACGGAGAAUAUGUCUUCCUCAACAUUGACCUAUUUAGCAGUAAAGAAGAUAGUGAGAAACCCUGGUACAGGGAGAACGACACCCUGGACCGAAACCAGAAGGCAAGGAAAGCCUACGAGGCCCUGAUGACGGUAACUCUACGGAAACCAACGAGUCCAGCCUACCGAGGCUUCUCCGAGGAAGUCAAAAAGCGAGCCGGAAACGACAGCUUCACUUACGGCGAGGAUGAGGUGAACAGUUUUGUUGGUGCAUUUCACGACGCUGUGAUACUUUAUGCUCUCGCCCUUAAUGAGACUCUUGCCAACAACCGCUCCAUUACAAAUGGCACAGAAAUCACCCAUCGGAUGUGGAACAGAACAUUUGAAGGUAUCACCGGAACUGUCAGCAUUGAUGUUAAUGGCGACAGAAAUGCCGACUAUUCUCUACUGGACAUGAACCCGACGACUGGAAAAUUUGAGGUGGUGGCUAAUUAUUUUGGUAAAGACAAAAAGUAUAUGCCGGUCCGUAAGAAGAAAAUACACUGGGCUGGAAACAGGAAAUCAGCGCCCCCGGAUACACCCAAGUGUGGAUUUGACGGCGCCAAAUGCCCUCCUGAAAAGCCUUUCCCGGAGUAUGGUAUUGUGAUCAUAGUUUUGGGUACUCUGCUUGUAAUAGUCCUUGUGGCCGCUUUCUUUAUAUACAGACAUAUAAAGCUUGAAGCAGAAUUGGCGGAGAUGAAUUGGCGCGUGCGUUGGGAUGAUAUCAUGUUCGGCACCAUGGAGAACGACCGAAAAAUGAGGCGUCAAGGCAGCAACCUCAGUUUGACCAGGCGGAACUCCGUGACUAGCGACUGCUCUGGUGACACAAUAGCUGUCCAUCUUAGUGACGUGGCCCAGAGACAACUGUACACAAAAACGGGAUACUACAAGGGCGCCAUUGUGGCGAUCAAAAGAAUCAACCGAAGUAGCAUUAACAUUAAUAAACCAUUGUUAAUGGCGGUAAAACGGGUUAAAGAUUUGCAGAAUGACCACAUUGUGCGAUUUCUAGGGGCAUGUAUUGAUCCGCCAAAUAUGUGUAUUGUCACCGAGUAUUGCCAGAAAGGAAGUCUACAGGAUGUUCUGGAAAAUGAACAAAUUAAACUGGACUGGAUGUUCCGAUAUUCACUCAUGCAAGACAUUCUUCGGGGUAUGUCCUACCUUCAUAGUAGUGAAAUUCGUUCCCAUGGUAACCUUAAGAGUACUAACUGUGUGGUGGAUGGUAGAUUUGUUUUGAAAAUCACGGACUUUGGUCUACAUGCCUUAAGGACGCCUGACCCGGAUGUGGAAGAGGGCUCUUAUGCCUACUACAGAAGUUUCCUUUGGACGGCACCGGAAUUAUUGCGCAUGCACCAAAGACCACCGGAAGGGACACAGAAAGGAGACGUAUACAGCUUUGCCAUUAUAUGUCAGGAGAUCGUAUACAGAAUGGGAGUGUUUUACCUAAGUAACUUUGACUUGGGACCCUCAGAGAUUUAUGAAAAAGUAAAGAAUGGAAUAAAACCAUAUUUCCGACCAUCAUUAGAGGAGUGUGAUUGUCCUUGUGACGAACUUGCUGACGUCAUUAGACGUUGUUGGGCGGAGGAUCCAAUGGAGCGACCAGAUUUUCAGGCCCUGAAAUCCAUAAUCAGAAAAUUAAAUAAAGAUGGGGAUAAGGGCAAUAUCCUUGACAACUUACUGUCCCGGAUGGAGCAAUACGCCAACAACUUGGAGGCGCUGGUGCAGGAGAGGACGGCCGACUACCUAGAGCAGAAGAAAAAGGCCGAGGAUCUCUUAUAUUUAAUGCUUCCGAAGUCCGUAGCUUGGCAGUUAAUUCGUGGGGAGUCUGUUGCUGCGGAGAAUUUUGAAUGUGUGACUAUUUACUUUAGUGAUAUUUGUGGCUUUACUGCCAUGUCUUCAGAAUCCACACCAUUCCAGGUUGUUGAUUUGUUAAAUGAUCUCUAUACAACGUUUGACACCGUUAUUGAGAAAUUUGAUGUAUACAAGGUUGAAACAAUAGGUGAUGCUUACAUGGUGGUGUCUGGCUUACCCACAAGAAAUGGAAAUUUACAUGCACGUGAAAUUUCGAGAAUGGCAUUAAAUCUUUUAAACGAAACUUUGUCUUUCAAAAUACGACACAGACCAAAAGAACAGUUAAAGCUCCGUAUUGGAAUUCAUUCAGGGUCCGUGUGCGCCGGUGUGGUGGGGAUGAAGAUGCCCCGGUACUGUUUGUUUGGAGAUACUGUCAACACAGCCUCUAGAAUGGAGUCCAAUGGACUACCCCUGAGGAUCCACGUGAGUCCGGAUACAAAGAAAAUACUGGACACGUUUGGAACGUUUGAGUUGGAACUAAGAGGACCUGUUGAAAUGAAGGGUAAAGGUACGAUAACGACGUACUGGUUGACAGGGGAGCGUGUGGCACCCGUGACGUCGGUUACUGACACAAUGAAGGUAGAAAAUCCUCCAAGUUACGAUAAUUGCAUCUCUGAAAAGUGACAACAGGAAUGAAACAUUUGAAGAAGUACUUUUUUGACUGUAACGUCAUAAAAAAAAUUACGUCAUGUGCAUAACCCUGAAUGAGAGACAUCAAAGUCGCUUACUCGGCUCUCAGAACCAAUCAAAUUGUGAUAUUUUCCAUGACGUCAUGCGUCGCGCUUGAUGCUGAUUCACCACAAUCGCUAUCAUCCGGGAACCCAAAUGUCUCAACCAAUUAAAUGAUGCAAUAUGGCCACCGACCACAGCGUCAUUUACGUGCUUAUUUGUGAAUUGUUAUUUAUUGAAUAAGAUUUUAUCUUGUCUUUUUAUUAAAUUAUGUAUAGUAUUUGUUGUACUACAAUGUGGAUGAACUUUAUGAUAUACACAUAGGAUUUUUAUUUAUUUAUUGUGAUUGUUUUAUAGACAUUUUAUUGAGAAUACAAGGGUGAUUCAAUGAUAGUAGGCCCUUCAUUAUGUAAAAUGCUUAUGUGUUUUAUUGAAGCCCCUUCACUCGUCGACAGUUUGAAAGGUUGCUUAAUAGAAUUCUGUGUUUAAAAUACAUUAUUGUUUCGUUGCUGUUCAGAGAGUAUGUCACGGUUACCGGAAAAAAGUACUUUUAUUAUUAUAUUCAAGUUGUAGGAUUUCUUCAAAUUGAGACACCAGAUUUGUUUCUUCUUUUUUAUGACACUAGUAUUUUACAUGAACUCCUUUGAGCUCCUGUAUACAUACUGUGUAUGAGUGGAAUUCCAUAUAUACUGCUGAAUUAUGAAAACAACGCUGAAAUACUGUAUCUGUGGUCACAUGUUUAUGCCUACUGCUCAUCAUACUUUGAAGAAAAUUUUUUUAGAUAAAACGCCUCCCUAGAUUAAUUUUUAAAAAGAUUACUCUAUCUUCCCAAAGUGACGAUUUAUUAUAACUGAUAUUAAAAAUAUUUUGUUAUUAAUAAUUGAGUACGUUUUGACGUUUCGGUUGUUAACUUCAAUGUAUGCAGUUUUACGUUUUAUUCUAUAACUAAUUUGC